AUGGGCACCCGGCUCCGCAGCCCCAGCGCCUACCCUGCGCCCUGGUGCGGACCGCAGCCCGGAGGACCCGGCCCUGCCAAGCGCCGCCGAUGUGAGGAGCCCGCGGGCCCCGAGUCCCAGACGGCGCCCAGCCUCGAAGACCCGGCGGAGCCCCCGGCCGCGGGCGCGCUCACCUCGGUGGUGGUCCUGGCCGCGGGCUGUGCCCUGCAGGUGCCCCUGGACGACGUCGACCUGGUGCUGGAGCCCGAGCCAACGUCGGUCCUGCAAGUGUCUCUCGGAGAUUACACCCUCAUGCUGGUCCCCGAGGCCCUCCUGGGCUCCGGCGACGAACACGCGGGAGGGCAGGGCGACUCGCCCGUCGGCCUGGAACCGGGCGCUUUCCUGGGCGCUCCCGGGGACUACGUCGCCGUCGAGCAGGGACUCUUCUGCGCCUCUGUCCCAGAGAUCGCCGCCCAAGAAGAGGCCUACGAGCAGGACUCGGACCCUGAGUUCCUGCCGCCUUGGGUGGACCCUGCAGCCGGCUCAGUCGCUGGGCUCCGCCCCUCGGCUGGCGGGGUGUCCAGCCCCUCCCCGCAGGGCCGCAUCCCAGAGCCCUCGCCUUGGGCCCCCACGCCUAGUCCGGAGAGACGCUCUCCUGGCCCCUAUUACAACCUGGACUUCCGCCUUCUGGAGCCCUUCCCCACCUCACCACUCCAGCCUCUACCUCCCUCUCCGAGUCCAGGUCCCCACGCGCGCCCCCCGCGCCCUAUUGGACCUCCACGCAAGGCCCGGAGACGGCUGUUCCAGGAAUGA